UUCUUUCCACUUGGUGUUAUUAUUGUUAUGGUUUAUAUUGGAGUAACACGUAUGCUAAUUACAUCUAGGAAACCACGCCCAAGCCCUCGCCCUCGCAGCCCACACCCUCAACAUCCCCGCCUACAUCGUCAUGCCGAGUAUCAGCACCACCGCCAAGAUCGAAGGGACAAAGACCUACGCCACAAAGGUCUUCUUCAGCGGGUCGACGAGCACCGAGCGCGAAGCCGUCGUGGCCGAGGUCCAGGCGCAAACGGGCGCCAUCUUGGUCCCGCCGUAUGACGAUUUCAAUAUUAUCUGUGGCCAGGGCACGACGGGGCUCGAGUUGGAAGAGCAAUAUCUGGAACUUGUGCGGGAUCCGCGGCUGAGUGUGCAUGGUGCGUCGGGGUCGGGGUUGGAUGCGGUCAUUACGCCUAUCGGGGGUGGAGGGCUGAAUUCGGGGGUGGCUACUUUCUUUUCGGAUAAGAGCACGAGGGUCUUUGGGGCUGAGCCGAGUUUUGAGGGGGCGGAUGAUUGCCGGCGGGGGCUGGAGGCUGGUGAGAGGGUGACGAGUGUGAAGUCGUUGACGAUUGGGGAUGGGUUGCGGACGCCGGUGGGGGUGUUGAAUUGGGAGGUGAUUUCGGAUACGAAGAAGGUCGAGGGCGUGUUUGCUGUGACGGAGGAGCAGAUCAAGGCGGCGAUGAGGUUGGUAUUGGAGAGGGUGAAGGUGGUGGUCGAGCCGAGUGCGGUGGUGGGAUUGGCGGUUUGUUUGUAUAAUGAGGACUUUCGGAGGAUUGUGGAGAGGGAGGGUGGUGACAAGGGUUGGGAUAUUGGGAUCGUCUUUAGUGGAGGAAAUACCACGGUUGAGGCUAUUGGAAAGUUGUUCAGUUGAUAGAAGUCCGUUUUGUAGGGACAUACACGGGCAUGUCC